AUGGCCCCCAAGAGGAAGGGUAGAAGUACUGCAGGGGCAGCUUCAACUCCAGUUGCGGACGAAGAUGCCAUGGUCAUUGACAGCCCGAAGCCACAGCAAGUCGAAGAACCACCAAAGCCCAGCUACGACAUUCUUGAUGACCCAUGGACCGAUGAGCAGGAAACUUCACUUUUCAAGGGCAUCAUUAAAUGGAAGCCUGCUGGUAUGCACAAGCACUUUCGCAUGAUCGCAUUAUCAGAGCAUCUUCGAAACCAUGGCUACGAUCCUACUGCCGAGAAGCACACCCGGAUACCAGGCAUAUGGCAGAAGCUACGGACACUCUAUAACCUAGGUAUUCUCGAUGAGCGCGAGAACUCUUUUGACUAUGAUGAUGGGGAUGACAAGUUUCUGGAGUUCCAACUGCCUGUGGAUUACGAGGAGACGAUGUUUAUGAAGGGCAAACGCAGUCCUAGCGAACCUCCAUCAUCUCCUUCAGAGCUCGAUCGAUCGCCCUCGCCGCAGGGUACACGCAAGCGUAAGAGGGGAGAUACAGUCACACAGAAGAAUAUGCGCGCGAGUACAAUUGAAGGUACGGAUGAGCCCAGGACUUCCCCCGUACACUCAUCACCACCACCGAAGACGACGAGAACUGGCAGGAGCACGAACAAAUCGAUGGGACGUGUCAAGGCAGAGUCAAGUUCUCGACAACCAAGCAAAGAUACGACUAUGGAUGAGGAAGAGGCUACGGAGGGGACGGAGGAGGGUGGCGAUGAUGACGAGGCUGAAGAAGAAGGAACACCAUCACAAACUUCUCCAAAAGCUUCCAAAGCCACUUUGAAGUCAAAAGCAGACGCGGCGGCCAAAUCCCAGGGGGCUUCUCGGAAGAGUAAGAGGAAGAGAUGA